UAACCAAAUCUCAUCAGCAAAAACCCCUAUAUCUAUCUUCCCCCUUUCUCCCCCAUUUUCUUUCUAAAUUCCCAAUCCGAUUUCACUUUUUUAAAUUCUCAAUCCACUGCUCUAUCUAAUCAGAAUUUUAUAGGAUUGAUACGCUUAAAUUUUUUAAUUAUAUAAAAUAUAUAGUUAUUGGCAUAAAAUUGUGGGAAUUUUCAUUUUCGAUCUAUAAUAAUCUGGGUAUUUAUGUGUUGUUCAGAUUGAAUUGAUAAACAUAAGAUAUUUGGGUGGGUUUUUGAAUCAAGAAUGAAAAUUGAAUCUACAAGGAAUUGAUAAUAAAAGAAGAAAAAUGCCGGGUUUAGCACAGAGAAAUGAUCACGAAUUGGGUGGGUCGGAUUCGCGUAAUGGGUUCUGGUCAAAGCAUAACGAUGGCAUCGGCCACAAUGAGCUCCAGAAGUUCUGGAGCGAGCUAUCACCCCAAGAGAGGCAGGAGCUUCUGAGGAUUGAUAAGCAAAUCCUUUUUGAGCAAGCUCGUAAGCACAUGUACUGUUCUAGAUGCAAUGGGUUACUGCUUGAAGGGUUUUUGCAAAUUGUCAUGUAUGGAAAGUCUUUGCAGCAGGAGGGAGCGUGUGCGAACCACCCUUCCGGCAGAGUAAGGGCCUUGAAGAAUCAGUGUGAUGGGGGUUUGUGUGUGACAACAGGUUGUGAGGAUGACGCUCAAGAUCCAUCCGUCCAUCCUUGGGGAGGUCUGACCACGACACGAGAUGGAGCACUUACCUUAUUGGACUGUUAUAUAUAUACAAAGUCCUUGGAGGGGCUUCAAAAUGUGUUUGACAGUGCACGUGCAAGGGAACGGGAGAGAGAACUGCUUUAUCCUGAUGCAUGUGGUGGAGGUGGUAGGGGUUGGAUAAGCCACGGAAUGACAGGCUACGUCAGAGGGCAUGGAACAAGAGAAACAUGUGCUCUUCAUACAGCUAGGCUUUCCGUCGACACAUUGGUGGAUUUUUGGUCUGCCCUUGGAGAAGAGACACGACAAUCUCUUUUAAGAAUGAAGGAAGAGGAUUUCAUUGAAAGGCUCCUUUACAGGUUUGAUAGCAAGAGGUUUUGCAGAGAUUGCAGAAAGAAUGUUAUCCGUGAGUUCAAGGAACUGAAAGAAUUGAAGCGUAUGCGCAGAGAACCUCGUUGCACUAGUUGGUUCUGUGUUGCGGAUACAGCUUUCCAGUACGAGGUUUCUAAUGACACAAUCCAUGCUGAUUGGCAUCAGACUUUCAUUGACAACUUUGGGACAUAUCACCACUUUGAAUGGGCAGUUGGAACGGGAGAAGGAAAAUGUGAUAUAUUGGACUAUGAAAAUGUUGGCUUGAGUGGAAGAGUUCAAGUUAAUGGUCUUGACUUGGGUGGUUUGAAUUCCUGCUACAUCACUUUACGCGCAUGGAAAAUGGACGGCAGAUGUACCGAGCUUUCAGUCAAAGCACAUGCCUUGAAGGGGCAACAAUGUGUACAUUGCAGACUUGUGGUUGGGGACGGUUUUGUAACCAUAACAAGAGGUGAAAGCAUUAGAAGGUUCUUUGAGCAUGCUGAAGAAGCUGAAGAAGAAGAGGAUGAUAACUCCAUGGACAAGGAUGGAAAUGACCUUGAUGGUGAAUGUUCCCGUCCUCAAAAACAUGCGAAGAGUCCUGAACUUGCGCGAGAAUUUCUUCUAGAUGCUGCAACUGUAAUUUUUAAAGAGCAGGUUGAAAAAGCUUUUAGAGAAGGAACAGCACGGCAAAAUGCACAUAGCAUAUUUGUCUGUCUUGCAUUGAAGUUGCUAGAGGAGCGUGUACAUGUUGCCUGCAAGGAGAUUAUUACUUUAGAAAAGCAGAUGAAACUUCUUGAAGAAGAAGAGAAGGAAAAGCGUGUAGAAGAAGAACGCAAGGAGCGGAGGAGGACAAAAGAAAAGGAAAAGAAACUCCGGAGGAAGGAGAGAUUAAGAGAAAAAGAAAAGGAAAGAGAGAAGAAAGGCUGUGAAUCAAAUGAAACUAAUUUUGUUCCUGAUGAUUCAAAGGAGGAGAUUUGGAGGAAGGAGAGAUUAAGAGAAAAAGAAAAGGAAAGAGAGAAGAAAGGCUGUGAAUCAAAUGAAACUAAUUUUGUUCCUGAUGAUUCAAAGGAGGAGAUUUGGAGGAAGGAGAGAUUAAGAGAAAAAGAAAAGGAAAGAGAGAAGAAAGGCUGUGAAUCAAAUGAAACUAAUUUUGUUCCUGAUGAUUCAAAGGAGGAGAUUUGGAGGAAGGAGAGAUUAAGGGAAAAAGAAAAGGAUAUAGAGAAGAAAAGUUGUGAACCUAACCAAACUGAUGAUGUUCCAAAGGAGGAGUCAACACCUAGUGUUGAUGAUGAUGAGUCGAAUUUGAUAAGCAAAAGGGCUUCAGUGAGUGAAAUGGGUGAAGUCAAUCGUUCCAGUCCUUUAUCCCCGGAUAACGAAUAUGAUCUACUUUUGGAUAGGUAUCAUUGCUCGAAUAUGCAAAUCCACUCUGAUGACUAUCUUGAGGAAUUCAAUAUUAAAGAUAUGAAUGUUUCGUCUGCAAGUGAUCAUUUGAGAUACUCCAGGCGGAGGCUAAAAUAUCGAAAUGAUUCCCAACCAGAUUCAGGCCUGAAAUGGUUUGAUAGACGACGGUUUGCUGUUGUUUCAGAGAGCGGAAGUGUAGUGAGCAAGCAUGACCCAAGACAUUACUGUGAUGACUUUGGAGCUUCUAAGAGUACUAAUAGGUUGAACAAGCAACUAAGAAAUAACGUUGCAAAGUCCAACAUAAAUAAUGGUGCCUCCAAGUUUGCGGAGAAGCUCCAAUGUUCAAAUAAUAAGAGGAUGAAUGACCGAUAUGACUCUGCCGAUUGCAGCUGUAACCAACACAUCGAUUAUAGAUCGAAGUUGGAUCCAAAUAUAGCCAGAGAAAUACAAGAUAACAAACCUGUGAGUAAGUCAGCAUCUUCAUCAGAUAUCUCCAAGCAGUAUUAUCAUGGAAACAAAUAUAAUCAACUCGAAUACAUGCGAGAAAAUGGUAGAAGACUCAAAAACAGAAUGCCUACAGGUAAUAAUUUGUCCAGCAGGGAUUCACCUGUUACUAAGAAAGUAUGGGAACCAACAGAAUCACAGAAGAAGUAUCCAAGAAACAGCUCUGACUCUGAUCUUACAUUGAGUACUGAAACUCUAGAGGAUCCAGAAUAUUUGAUUUCCAAUAGUUCGGAAGUAUCUAGUCCUCUUCAGAUCCAUCAUGAAGAAAAGGACGUUCAAGAAUCAAGAAAACCUGGCUCCAAAACAGAAAGCAACUGCAAAAAUGGUUUUCAUUUGGAAGAGAAAUCCCAGCAGUAUUUGAAGUAUUUAGGAGGAGAUGAUGAAAAUGAGUCGAUGCAGGGGUCUUCUUUGGGUUCAUCACAGAGAAGCUCUUCUAAUUCUGAUAAUUGCUCAUCCUGCCUUAGUGAGGGAGACAGCAAUACAUCCUUUUCAAAUCCUCGACAUCCAGAAUCAUCAUCAACGUCAGAUUCAGAAGAUUGCAGCCAAAAGUCAGAAGGAAGAGGAACUUCAGAAAUUAGGAACGGCUUUGCUGAUUGUUAUGAAGUUGGGCAACAAAAGGGGAAUGCUACUGGUAGUGGUGUUCAUGUUAAGUGCCUUACACCAGAUUCUGCAAGAACAACUACAGUGCAAAGUUUUCCUGUAACAGUUAAUUCAACUUGCAGUAGUGGAAAUAUGAAUGGGGCUUCUCUUGGAACUCAACCUCAACCUGUGCAUCCACCAGUCCAAAAUCAAGGCAUACACUUCCCUUUGUUUCAAGCUCCUGCAAUGGGUUAUUAUUAUCAAAGUCCGGCUUCUUGGGGAGCAGCUCCUGCGAAUGGCUUAAUGCCAUUUCCUCAUCCGAACCACUAUGUAUAUGCUAGCCCUUUUGCUUAUGGUCUGAAUGCUUAUACGCAUUUCAUGCAGUAUGGUGGCCUACAGCAUCUGACCCCUCCUGUUGUCAAUCCUGGUCAAUUCCCUGUUUACCAGUCAGUUGCUUCAACAAAUGAUACGUGCACAAAGAAAAGUGCUAAUGAUACAACUAUUGGCGGGUUAAAAGAUGCCUAUCACGAAGCUAAUAUGCAGAGGAUAGGGCAGCAUACAACAGAUAAACCAACUGUAAAAGCAGGUCAAAACGGGAAGUCUGGAAGUUCGGGCUUCUCUCUUUUCUCUUUCACUCCUGAUCCCUUUUCUUUGAAACAAGGGAUUGCGAGGAAUAUUUCUUCAGAUUUGACAGCUGAUCACACUGAGGGUGAUGAUGGUUGCAUUAAGAAAGAUCCAGUUGAAGAGUACAACCCGUUUGCAAACCGGAUUGAGUUUCCUUUUCCUGAUAUAGUUUGUUAACAGAGAUAUGAGGUGGCUGCAUGCGAGGUUUCAGUUUAUAUUCUCUACUGAGUCAUGGAAGUUUGAGUACUUAUAAUGUCAUACAGAAUAAUCCCCUGAAAAAAUUUAGCAAUUUUUUUCUUGAUUUAGUUGAUUGGUUUUGUUUUGUUUUGAGUUGUAAUCUGUUUUUUUCCUUACGUAGAGAGAGCAAAGGUUGAGAGAAUGACAGUGUUUCGAGUUAAAUUGUAUGCAAUGAGCUUUUUCCUAUACAAAUGAAUAUGGUGUUUGAUCGGCA